AUCCGAUUGUGUGGUACCAUUGAGAUAGGAUUGCAAGGUUUUCUGUGAAAAGACGAGCAAGUGCACCUAAUGAUGAAGUGAUGGCGGUGUGAGAUUCGAUUAUUGGACCCGGGAAGUGCCCUCGGAAAUACUGUCAGCUGCUGCUCCUGCGGAACGUUCAAGGAGAUUCUUACAAGCAACAACGCAGCAGCUGUGAAGGAAGGCGACAACCAACAGGAGUGAGCUCGCGUGAGUGCGGGAAGCGGAAGUCCAACACAAGCCAGUGCGAAAUAAGCAGUAAAGUGCAGGAAGCGAUCGUAAGAGCCCCAUUCCCGCUGGGGUGCUAUACAGUGCUUGAGUGGCGAAGUGCGAGAAGAGGGAAGAAAAGUGGGAAAGCUACCGAUGCGGAAAAGUAGCUUGAAAUAGAAGGUAUCCCACGUGCGCCUGUGGUGGUAGUUCUUUUGUGUUUCCGGUCUUUUGUGCAGUUUGGGGUUUCUGCGAGUUGUGUUUCAAGUGGAGUAGAGCACGCAACGCAGAAAUAGUGGAAGGAGCAUAAAUAGCGCAAUUCACCGGGAAUCAGGUGUUUGACCCAUCGUCCAAUUGGCUCCACUAAAGUAGUGUUUGUUGGCCGUAAAAGUUUGUAGCAGCAGUUUAUCACGAGCUGAACGAGUUCUGAGCAGGCGUACGCAGCAACUGUGGAUGGUGUAAGCGGUUGUCGGGACGGCGCUACAAACUAUGAGAAGCGAUUGAAUUAAUUGAUAGAUGUGGGGGUGACAUCGAGAUGGGCCAGGGGCUCGAACCGCUCACUGCAGAUCUUUGUCUGUCCUCCCGGUCGCAGCCCCCCCAGCUUCCGUCUCGUAUUGAAUUCUUCGAGCAAUCGAAGAACGUGUUCAAAGUAGCAGCGAAAAUAAUUACCAAAACGGCAGCAGCAAAAUCACAGCAACAACAGCAAAGACUACCCCCAGUGCAACUAUUACUACGUAAAAAGCACGACGGCAUACGGAGAAACAUCAGAACGACGACACUAACUACAAAAAAUUGGUUCAGUAUAGAGCCUUGCCAGCUGACCACGGCUGGCAACCUUCGGCCUCGAGCAAAAGUUACUCGUCUCACUCUUCUUUCAAUGCUGUCAGAAUUUCCUUCUAUCACACACAUGAUGGAGUUCGGCUAGGCCAUCUCACAUACGAAUGCUGAAACCUGCACAACUUAUAGUGCCUCCAAAGGGAGUGCACUAAUAUCUUAAGAUCAAAACAGUUACAAUAACUGCUGCACCUGACAAACACUGAGGCUGGCUGCAUUCCAACGUAAAGCAACAGAAAACCAUCAACUGUAAAAAACAGACGCAACAACGACAUUCAUCUAUUUGACACUAGCCGAUAAAUCAGCCUCAAGGUGUUGCAGCUUGUGGCCAUGGAGCCUCCUGGUGGACUUCCACCAGACAAAGAUGGACACAGGCUUCUCCAUCAGCAGCACAGUCUACAACAGGGUCAGCACAAUCCGCAGUCGCCUCCACCGACCGGGACAACGGCAGGGAUAUCUUUGCAACAACAGAAAGCUUUGCAACUACAAACGCAACAACCACAGCUUCAGCUCGUACCCCACCAACAACUACAAUUAACUUCAUCUUUUUCCGUCGCGAACCAGCAACAGCAAUCACAACUCGUGCUGACGAAUACUUCGCUAGUGACAUCUUUGACGAAUAGUCAAACCGUCGGUGGGAGUGUUUCGACUAGUGCAAGUGGGACCCCGGCGGCAAAUGUCCAGACAGGAAUUGAACGUCUUUCUCGGCCUAUGGCAUUCGACAAGAUGGAAGGAUUGGUACGUGAAAUGCAAGAUCCAGAGUCGGGUGUUCCAGUUCGAAGUCAAAAACUCUUCCUCACCUCUAUACCAUCUGCAUUCAUGGGGUACGAUCUUAUUGAAUGGUUGAUGGAACGACUGGUCAUCGAGGAAUCGGAAGCGCUGAACAUAAGCAAUCAACUGUGCAUGCAUGGUUAUUUUUUCCCUGUUUCCGAUUCCAAAACGCUGGUCGUUAAGGAUGACUCCUCAUUGUAUCGCUUCCAAACACCAUACUAUUGGCCGUGGCAACAGAAGGCACCCGACAACAUCGAAUAUGCAAUCUAUCUGACGAAGCGAUCUUUGAGAAAUAAGCAACGUCAUGGCCUGGAGGAUUACGAAGCUGAGGCAAUGGCAAGUUUGCACAAAAAUCUCAAAGGGAAGUGGGACUUCAUAACCAUGCAAGCGGAAGAGCAGGUGCGACUGGCCAAAGAACGAAAGAAAGGUGAUAAGAUCGUCGGAGAUUCUCAGGAACGAGCAUAUUGGAGGGUUCAUCGUCCUCCUCCCGGCCAAUUCACUCCGUUGGAGUCAUGCCCGAUACCAUCUCGUGAUCGCCAAGGGAAACCUCGCAAGCGAACCGUCGAUGAUUGGCAGCGCGAGGCUGAGAUUUUGAAGGCUUCACUUGGGCGGAACCGGGUGAAGAUGUCGCAGGCAUGUGAAAGUUUGGUAUCGUACUUUGAAACAUUUAGCGAGUACGAUCCGAUGAUGCAGCCACCGCUUCCAUCUAAUCCGUGGGUCACCGAGGAUGUGAGCUUCUGGCAGAUGAACAACCCACUAGUUGACGUGCCAACUGAGAAACGAGUGAAGCGUUGGGGUAUAUCCAUUGAAGAGGUUGUGUCUGAUCCAACAGGACUGCAGGAGUUCACGGUGUAUUUGAAAAAGGAAUAUUCUCAUGAGAAUAUUCGUUUCUGGAUGGCAGUUAAUGAUUUACGAAGGUCGUCGCAUUCUCAGAUAUCGAGAAAAGUUAGGGACAUUUAUGAAGAAUUUCUUGAGCCUGGUGCUCCUUGCGAGAUCAACAUCGACGGUAAAACAAUGGAGAAAGUUCAUCAAGGUUUGAAAAAUCCAUCGAGAUUCGCGUUUGACUCGGCUGCCGAGCAUAUUUACAUGUUACUGUUGAAAAAAGAUUGUUAUCCUCGUUUCGUUCGAUCGGAACACUAUAAAAAUCUGAUGGCGAAUGCAAUACAACCAUCGCACAAAAAGCGUUUCUUCGGAUUUGGUGGUGGUGCGAAAAAGAAAGGAUCAACAGCUACUCCUCCAAAUCCUUCACUGCUAUCACAGCCCUCUCAAGCAUCAGGAGUGGUCAACAGUCUCUCCAGGCGGCGGGGAAGUGAUCGAAGUUUGUCCGGAUCGGCCCAUGAGUUAGCUGUGUGUGGAGUGAAAGAUAGUACUAAAGUGCCACAUUCUCAUAGCCAAAGCAACCUUAGCGACAUCCCUUAUAGUGUCUCAAUCUACAGAGGUGAUAUGCCAUCCAGUGGCUAUUGCGGACAUGUGGGAACGGUUGAGCGAAUCGACGAUCAAAAAAUUGGACAGCCGGAAGUACACUCCAAACCACUGAGUACGACCCUGGAAGCAGCAGUGGAAACCUCUGGUGGUGCUAGUGCAGUGUGCCCUUGGGACUCUCCACCGACUUCGAAAGCUUUGGUCCCAGUUGACAAGAAAUCCAUUCCUGCUGAGAAGGAAGCUCAAUUUUCUGUUUCUGUUUCCAUCUGCCCGUGGGACGAUGGCGAUGCCAAAUUACCCUCAGAAAGCAAAAAUAAGGCUCUGAGUUCUACAGCCGAUAUCAGUGAUGUUUCUGAACGCAUGAAACGUUCUUGUGGACUACGACAAAACACGUUAGACAGUGAUUUUCACAGUACCAAACGGCUGGCUCCGGUAGUUACCGAACAGAGACGAGCUUCCAUGACAAUGGCGCCGAGGUUGUCCGAUCUUCAGUUUUCUUUGCGAGCCAACUCAACUGGUGGGGAAUCGGUCGGCAGCAAUGCAUCUCUACAGCAGCAGCAUUCCGUCGACUACCCCAGAAAUAUAUCUCAAGGAUCGCUUUCAACUAGCUUUGAGGAACGGGAGGAUUCGACUGGAACUCCAAACGUGUCAGAGGAAAACUUGUGCAAAACGAAAAAAGAUAGUGUGUCGGAUGCGGAACCGGACCAACCAAAUAUAUAGUUGCAGGAAGUGUAGUUCAGAUCAAAUUCAUUGCUCGUAGGUGAA